CAGGAAGGCGGUCGUCGGUCGUCAUUUUCGGCAUGAACUUCACGCAUAACUAUCCGAGCUUGAACCUCGCUAAAUGCUGAUAGCAGUCCUUGAAGUCGAUUUGCCUCGCUCCUCGGUCAAUCCUCCGGCCAAGUGUACGCACGUCUCACACUCGCAGACGGCCUACCGAGGCGGGCAUUUUCUGAGUCCCAUCGCAUUUGUCGUGCAAAGACCCAUCAGGAACGUAGUGCAGAUGUCCUCCAGCAGACAAACGCGCAGUUACUCUGCCUCACAUCGCCUCCGCUGCGUCCGCGCAGGCUGUGCAGCGUGCAUCUGGCCCCGUCAUCGCCGUUUAAGAAGCUCCACCGCGGCGGGCUUGGCUACUGCACUCAUCUCCCCCUUCACCCCGAUCACCUUAGGACACCCUUUCUCCUCCUCCUUCCCUGAUCUGCGCACCACCACCACACCCUCGCCUGUACACCCACCCAUAUCAUGAAGGAAGGACAUCAGCACUUCGGGCAGGGCCACCACGGCGGACCGGCGCCACCCGGGCAGGCGUACUACGCCCCGGGGCACGGCAUGAACAAACACCAUGGCGGGCAGGGGAACUUCCACGGCGGCCCGCCACCACAGCAGUACCAGCCCCAGGGGCAGCCGCAGAUGAUCUACGUUCAGCAGCAGCGACCCUACCAGCGCGAUGACAGCAGUGCGUGUAGUACGUGUUGUGGAUGCUGCGCCGGCUGCCUGGCA